AUGCACCAAGCGUUGCUUCUUAUCUCAGUCUCAGUCUUCCAUCUGCCAUCUCUCCUUGCUCACGCCCCUUGUCCUCUUCCUUGCCCUCCUACCUCUCCAGCACUCCGGCCAUACUGCCUCCCCACAAUCCAGCACUCAAGGGGGCAGUGCCUGAAGCGACUCAGGGGUCACCAGUGCCUGCAACAGCGGCUGUAUGAUCAUUCUCCUGCGUCUGGAGCUGCAGAUUCUCCUGCGUCUGGAGCUGCAGAUUCUCCUGCGCCUGGAGCUGCAGAUUCUCCUGCGCGCCUGGAGCUGCAGAUUCUCCUGCGCCUGGAGCUGCAGAUUCUCCUGCGCGCCUGGAGCUGCAGAUUCUCCUGCGCGCCAGGAGCUGCAGAUUCUCCUGCGCCUGGAGCUGCAGAUUCUCCUGCGCGCCUGGAGCUGCAGACCAAGAGAGGACAAAAGGAAGUGCAGCUGGAUGAGCUCAUGAGCGAGACACACAACAACACCACGCCCACCAACUCAAUCUCACACGCCACAGCACCUGCCCCGCACCUGCUCUCCUCUGCCGCCAUUGCUCUGCUGCUCAACAAUGCCCUCACGCCCCUGCCUCUGCCUGCCGCCGCACCUGCCUCACAAUCCUCCUCCAUGCACGGAGCCACCGUGCCUGCAGCCCAAGGGGGCCGCCCAUGA